CGAACACGCACACUAGUAAACAAGUGGAUUGAUUGCCCACUGUACGCGAGUGUCAUUCAAACAAAAGUUCAAAACAUCUGUUGUAUGUUGUUGUUUGUAUUUUUAAAUAUAAUAUAAAUUCUGCUUAAAUAAUAUAAUUUAAAAAGCAUUUUUUACCCAAAUUAAAGUGUGUGUUUGAGUGCGUGCCGCAAUAUUUUUCUUAUUGUUGUGACGUCAUUGUUUUCGACUGCCAGUAAAAACGACGCAAUUGCACCAUUUAAUUGAAAUGGAAUUAAAAUGAGCUAUAUAUUUUUAAACAAGAGGCUAGUGUCAAGUGAACAGAAUGUCGGCGGAGUCGCCGCGGCACGCGCGCGCGGGCGGGCCCCUCACGGUGCCGUCGCAGCCGCCCAGCGACCGCAGCAUCAUCGACGCGGUGUCCGGCUUCAUCAACGACGUCACGCUCUCUUCUUCAUCCACUGUUGAUCCUAAGGACGUUAUACAGUGGGCGAGGUUCGAAACAGCCGAUAUAAAUGAACCUACACCUGAAGGAGACAUAGACAAUGACGUCCCGCCACUACUGCUCAUCCUGGGCUACGGCUCUGGCGUGCAAGUGUGGCUCAUCCCGCCCACCGGGGAGGCUCAGGAGGUGCUCUCCUGGCGCCAAGGCACUGUGAGGGUGCUCCGUAUACUGCCCACUCCGCAGCACGGCGACUGCUUUGCAUCGAAGAGGCCCCUCAUAGCCUUGUGUGACUCGGCCAGCCCUGGCCCGGCUUUCUGCUCGCUCAGUUUUAUAUCCAUUAGGGGUGGAGAACAGGUGAAAAGCAUCAAAUUCAAGAACCCAAUACUAGAUGUGUUGGCAAACAAGCGUUCUGUGGUGGUAUCUUUCUCUGAACGCUUUGCUGUCUUCGAUGCGGCCACUUUAGAGGACAGACUGGCGAUUACCACUUGCUUCCCCUGCCCAUGCCCCCUGGGGGGUAAUUCCCCCAUCAACCCCCUGACUUUGGGGGACCGCUGGCUCGCGUACGCCGAUAAGAAGUUGAAUCCAUCGAAACGAAGCAGUGGGGGAUGUGAAAGCGAAGGUGUGACCAGCUACACGGCGACAGUUCUGCACGCAGCCAAGUCUCUGAGCAAGGGUCUGCGCGGGCUGGGGGAGAGCGUGGCUCACAGCCUGGCGGGCGGGCGCAGCACUUCGCAGUCGCCCUCGCCGCCGCACGCGGACAUACAGCAGCCGGGAGUGGUCACUGUGUUGGACAUUGAGGGUAACGAAGACGAUGACAGCCAAGACUGCGAAGACCCGUGCGACCCUAUCGUGGCUCACUUCGUGGCGCACUCGGAGGCCAUCAUCGCGCUGAAGUUCGACCCGAGCGGCAUGCUGCUGGUGACGGCCGACCGGCGCGGGCACGACUUCCACGUGUUCCGCAUCAACCCGCACCCCUGCGGGCCCAGCCUGGCGGCCGUGCACCACUUGUACAUACUGCACAGGGGGGACACUACGGCUAAAGUGCAGGAUAUAGCAAUAUCUGGCGACUCGCGCUGGACGGCCAUCUCUACGCUGCGCGGCACCACGCACGUGUUCGCCGUGAGCCCGUACGGCGGCGCGUGCGGCGUGCGCACGCACACGCAGCCGCGCGUCGUCAACCGCCUGUCGCGCUUCCACCGCUCCGCCGGCCUGCCCAUACACGGCGCGCCCUGCGCUCAUAGCCCGGUGUGCGAAGGCAUGGGCGCAGGCGCUUGGUUCCCUAACCCGCGCCUGCCGCCCUACCCGCAGCCCAACAGCAGUGCGCCGCUUGCGCAGCUGCGUCCCACGCACAAGCUCGCCACACACACCAUCACCAGGACCAGCUCCGGUCGCCAGCGUCUGUCGUCGCUGUCGGAGGAGAGCGGGUCGGCGCCGCUGCUGGCGCGCGCGUGCUUUGGCGUCAACGGCAUCACGGGGCGCGCGGCGUCCGUGCCGCUCUACCUCAUGGCGGCCUCCGGGGCGCUGCUGCAUCUGGCGCUGCACCCGCGCGCCGCACGCAAUGUGCCGAAAGAGAAGAUCAGCGACGAGUCCCCGAUAGAGCUGGAGGUGGAGGCGAUGGCGCAGUGGCCGCUGCAGCGCCCGCCGGCCGCCGCCGACCUGCUGGCGCCGCUGCCGCCCUCCAACCCGCUGCUGCAGCCGCUGAGUUGUCGGAGAUGCGCGGACAUGUGCAUGAGCGAGGAGGAGCGCUGGCUGUCGCAGGUGGAGAUAGUGACGCACGCGGGCCCGCACCGCCGCCUGUGGAUGGGCCCGCAGUUCGUCUUCAAGACGUACAACAGCACUGGCUCGAACUCGUCGCUGUCGGAGGCGGAGGCGGUGGAGGUGGACACGAGCGCGGCGCGCGGUGCGGCUCGCUCCAACCCCGUCAACAUGCCCGGCGCGCGCCCCGUCGUGCCCGUGCUCGUCGACUCCGGCUCGGCCAGUUCACUUGAACACUCCCCGUCCGACAGUUUCCGACGCAAAUCUCUCUUGGCGGAGAGUGGUCGCGCCCCGUCCGUUUGCGACGUGCAGCUCAGAGAAGAUCUCGCCGAGGCCAUGAAGGAAGAUCACGGGCUGCGGGAGGGGCGAGAGGAAGUGCGGGAGGCGCGGGAGACGCGGCCGGAGAGCGCGGGCGUAGUGCGUGCCGUUGCGCCGCAGGGGACUGUCGUAGCGCCGCUGCGGCAGCAGCAACCCCCGCCGCUCGACCCCGACGCCUACACGCGCUCCAACGAUGACGAAGGCGCCUUCCGCCCCGUAGUGCGCGCGUCCGCUCCCCUCGCACCUCACAUCGCCACUCAACCGCUACCACACUCCACCACCAUCCCCGUGCAAAGUGUAUCGCCGAGAGAACUAUCCCCCGAAGACGAGCCGCUACCCCUCAACACGGACGUCGUAAUCCCGGCCGAGCUCACCGGCGUCCGCUCCUGGCUACCGCCAAAUGUAGAUCGUGUCGUCUACGAUGCGGAAGUCUUCGAAGAACAAACCGACACUUACGACUUUGACGACGAAAAAUUUAUGCCAACAUUUGAGCGUUCAAAUAAAUCGAUGGCCGAUGUAGUAAAUGUAGAUAGACCUAAUUUAGAUGUUAAGAAUAUCGCUGUAAAUAGAGAUCUCGAGCGUGAUAGUGCGAAGAGUGACAGAGUGUGCGAGAGUGUCUCGGUUGCCGAGACGGAACGAGAGGAUAUAUCUAAAUCACUGCCAAAAGUGAGUCGACCAUCGGAUGAUAUUCAACCGGUAGCUCGACCUAGAGUUAAGAAAUCUCCCACCACCAAGUCAGUUAGUGAUAGAGCUGCUAGUGGAGUUAGUGUUAAAAGUAGAGUGUGUGCGGAUGAAUGUGAAGUUAUUGUACCUAAGAAGCAAAGGGAAACCUCGAAAGUGAAAACAGUUAUUGAUGUCAAAAAAGAAGAAGUCAAUACGUCUGCAGAUGUAAAGCCGCCGAAAAUCACCAAAGUUUCAGACGCUUCUGAUAUUAAGAAACAACAUUGUCAGACUGAAAAGGAUGAUUCUGUCAUUACAGAAAUAACAAAAUCCACUGUUAAAGUAACAAAUGAAAAAGAACGAGAACUUUUGAUAAAGACUGAAGACCAGGCAUGGGAUAUGCUUUUGAACGAGUCUGAUAGUACUGUAAAAAUAAAUAAAGAAGUAUCACCUAAAGAUACUAAAAUAGAAGAAAGUAAAGUUAAAUCCAAAAAGAAUCGAAAAACUAAAAAAGCUGAUGAUCAUCAAACAACAGAAGAUGAUGAUGACAGUUUUAUUGAAAUACAUGCUAUAGAAGAUAAGCAGCAAACUUUAAGUGGUGAUCUUGUGUCUAUUUCAACUCCAUUUGAAGGACUAGAACCUGCAUCUUCCUACUUAUCUAAGAGUAAAAAACAACGAUCAUCAAAAAGUAGAACACCUGAAAGAAAAGAUGAGACAGUGAGACCAGCUCCAAUAGUCACUGAAGAUGUUAUUGUUACUAGUACUGACACGACGAAAAGUAUAAAUAAAAACACUAAUGAAAAUAUUUUCAGUGAAACAAAAUCUUACGCCCAGUCCAUUUCUACGACAAAAGACACGCUCAAAGAUUUUAAAGACAGUAUUGUUUUAGAUUCUACGCCUGUUUUCGAUUCUAAACCUAACAUGACUUCCUUUGGAAAAGAAUCGCCAAAAUCGUCAAAAAGAAAAUCUUCUCCUAAACUUGAUAGUCGUAAAGUAGAAAAAGCUUGUGAAAUUGAUGAAAAGGAGGUGUAUGUUAUCAAUACAACUGAGGAUGAUUUUCCAGAAAUUCAAAUAACUAGAGGCAACAAGACCCACAAAAAGUCACCCUUACUGUCAGAAAAGAAGAAUCACGAUAGUGAUAAAAGUGAGAAACCUCCAAAAUCAUGGAGUUCUAUUGCAGCGUCGAAAAAUGUUAAAACGGUAGAGGAUAUUAAAAACAAUGUUGAAACUAUAAGAAAAGAUGAUGUGCAGGAUGUAGCUUCCAUUUUAGAGUAUAACAAAAAAACAGAAAUAUCAUUGCAGGAGAAGCUUAUGGAACUUUGUAAGAGAACCGAUAUUAUGGUGGCGGAAUGUGAUGCUCCUUCGGAUCUUAAUUUUGUUGAAGAACAUCAUUCAGUGUUGCCUGACUUGCCACCAUUGGAACCAAUGGAUUUCGGUUUAGAUGAUUUCAAACUUGAAGUGAUGAGAGACAGUCUCUUAGAGGAAGAUGCAAAAAUAACUAGCCCCAUAUGCAAGAUUAACAUUGACGACAUUCUGUCAUCUAUUAAAGAUACAACAAAGAAAGCUAUCGAAUCUAGUACAUUUAAUCUGAUCGAUAUAGAAAAAGUGCCCUUGCGUAAAGAGAAAGGUUUUAAUGUUGUUGAAAGUGUUAAGAUUACAUCGCAAGAAUUUAAGUUAGAGGAAGAUACUAAAUUAGAUAAUGAUCUUGAAAAGUCAUCUGACGAUGAUAUUGCAUCUCCUGUAUUAUCGGCUGACAGUGACAAAGAGGAUAAGAAGAAUUCCGAAGCCGCUAAUACUACUUUGUCUUCGUCGAAACAAUCUAAAUCCAAAAAAUCACGUAGAAAGAAAAAGUAAUAAGAAUCGUGUUCAACAGUUUUGAUCUUCUGAGCUUGAUUUAUUUAGGCUAUGCAGUAUACAGUUAUUAGUGAAAUAUUUGCAGCUAUUAUUGUUGUUGUAAUUUUAGAUAAGCAAAUGAAUUUUGAAGUGGAUAUGCACAGAUAAAAUACAAAAAAAAAAAAAUCCUUACAAGGCAAAUAAUUCUUUAUAAUAUUAUGAUAUACGGUGCUGAUGAUGCUUGUUGUAAUUUUGACAAGAUAUCUCAGUAUAGAUGUAUAUCAUAUAAUAAAAUAUAAAUAAAAAAUGAAAAAAGUGUAGGAAAAAAUAACAAAAAAUGACGGCUAGAUUUCUUGAGUUGCUAAUUGCUAAAAUAAAUAUUUGAGUGGGCUUAGACAUCUGUAGUAAAACAGUAAUUGUCAUUGGUUAUAUAGAUAAUAUAUUUAUUGGUGAAGGGUUUACAAUUUUAAAAAAGGUACUCACCGUUUCUUCUACUGCUUCCUAUUAUAAUAGAUUUAUAGUCUGUGAUAGUGACUUCUGUAAUUUUAUAAAAGCUGAAAUUUAGUCUCCUACCCUAAGUAAGUGUAGUAGGCAACUAUGAUCUGCAUGGCUUUGUGAGGUAGCGGAUUUUAAGGGUCCAGACCCUCAACAGUCCAAGUAAGCGUAAUUGAUUUUUAUAUUUUCCUCGGCAUGUAUGGUAAAGCCGUGUCAAAGUGGUCCCUUUAAAAAAUACCGUUAACGAUCAAACGAUCAAAUUAAAGUGGAUCACUACUGUUUAAAGUUUACUUUGAAUUAGUUUGAUGCUUAUAUUGAAUCAAUGUUUGUUAAUACGUUAGGGGCCUUUAGUCCCUAACGUCGUGUUACCAAGAAAUUAAGUUUCUAGCGACUAGUUACUAACAAGUUGCUCAUGAUAUCGCGUACAAAAUGUCUAUCGAAAGAUGACUCGCCAAGGUGGUCACGAUCCUCAGUCACGAGGGACCGACUGGAGCUCAGACCACCUUCCGAUUUGGAAGGUGGUCUGAGUUCCAGUCGGUCCCUCGUGGUCCGAACACCAUACUUGCGUACCGUACUUACCUAUGGUAAGAGCAUCAACUGACAAACGUUCAGCUUUUUUUAUAAAGUCUAGCUAUCACGGGGUCUUAGAUCUUAUAAUAUAGGUACAGUUUAGGAACUCAAGAAAUCGGACGCAACCUUUUUCAGUGCUCUAUUAUUAGUACUUAUUUUGCUUAUUUUAUUUAGAUUAUUAUUGUCAAUUCUGUUUAAUGCAAAAUAUUUUUUUAAAGAAUUAGAACCAAACGUUAUUAUAAUCAUUAUACCAAAGCCAUACAAUAUACACACCAAAAUGCGGUCUUUCGUUUUGAAUUCACCCAAAAGAAUUGCCUUUUUUUAAGAAAAUUGAGCUUAUAAGGAAUUUUACUAUUGUUAAAGAAUCCCCUAAUAUUUGAUUUACCGUAAUUUUAAUUUUAAAUAUAGAACAUGGGUGCUGUUAAUUUAAGUGUCAAAUUUUGCAUUAAACAGAAUUUGUUACAAACGUAGAUUUAGUUAAAAGUUUUAUUUUCCAAACGCAGUGCACUAUUUUCUAUAUAGGAUUCACGAGGCCAGUAAAUAAAAACUUGCGUUAGGUACUUCGCAACGUGGCGGUGUUAUAUUUAUAUAAUGAUUUUGCUUUACGAAGAACUUAGGUCAGAAGGCAGACGAUUGUCUUUCUCCAUGAAUAUCCUUGUCAAAAAGAACGACACUAGUUUUAUUUCGUAAUUAUACGUAAUAGUACCAUUUCUUCUAUACGCAGUAGAAUCUCGCUAUUCUUAAAAGAAAUAUCCACUAAUUUAUUGUCAAAUUUUAUUUAAUUUCUGUACACAAUAAUUCUCUCUUUUAUUUUUAGCAGAUAUUUAUAUUUGAUAAAAUUAUUUUAUAUAAUUUGUGCUGUACAAUGAAAUUUUAUUCUUAUUUUAAUUAAUUUAUUAUUUAUAUAUAAAAAAAUAAAGCAACACUGUCUAUGCGAUCAAAUUUGUUAAUUGUUGGAAGGACAAUAAGUCGGUGAGAUGUUUAUUAUCUCUGUAUACGUUACUCAUCCGAAUCAUGUACCUAAAAAUCGGAUUCACUGUGUUUUUAUAUUGACUUAUGGUAGAGAUUAAAACCUCUUGCAUUAUGUUGUACAACCCCGACUAUCGGGGGCAAUUCAUAGACGUUGUAGAGGCACCCUCAGGUAAUCAUUCACCCGCUGAGUGUCAAAUUCUCAAACAAAUACUAGUAGAGUUUAAAUUCGACACUCAACAGCUGAACAAUCCUCUGGGGGUGCCCCUACAACGUCUAUGAAUUCUACUGUUAGAGCCGUAAACGUUAAUCAUGGCUUGUACUUUCGCAUCCUGUAACAAUGUCUUAACUCGACACUGUCAUAACUCGACAGUGUGUGUCUCUAUCUCUCCUUGUCUUACACCAUAUAAUAUGAUAGAGACAGAGAUAGAGAAGAUUUAAUAUUGGAACUCACAGUGUCGAGUGAUGAAAAUAUCGUUAUAAAAUAGCGUUCCUGCUUUUAACCAAUCAAAGAGUUUCGAUCAAACGAACGUAUCUCCCAAUAGCUCCAAGGUCAACGGGCCAAUACUAAUACGUAAGAUUCGAUCUUUGCCCAUUUAGAUAUUGUUGCCUAGCUAAGGCUUUCAGUGUGUUUAAGGUAAAAAGAUAAUAGUCUGGGCACACAAUCAUGUACGUUACGCUUUUUGCAGAAAGGAGAUCGACCAUUUUUCAUACAUGAAUGAGCCCAAAUUUAAUAAAUGAACCGUUAUAAUGUCCAAAUUAGUAUCAUUUAAUAAAUAAUAAUAUCGGUUUUAGACUGGUUUAAUUUCAGUUUUAUUGAAAGUUGCAUAAUCAAGAUAUAGACAAUUAUCUACAUUACAAAAUGCACAAUUCCAAAAACAAAAAAUAUUAGCAACUAUCAAUUUAUUGUAAUUAUUUUUGGUGAUUUAUUAUUAAAUGAAGAAUUUUCGUAUUUUUUUUUCUGUAACGUGCUGGGCCCAAAAUGGUCGGUCUCCUUUGCAAACUUUAGAGAAAAUAUGUAAAUAAUUUUUUUUGACAUCUCACUGCAAUUGAAUACUGUAUAUUUUGAUUAUUUAUUUUUGAAGUAUUUAUUAUUUAUUGUUACCCUGUGUUUUUAGACAGUACUGAUCCUGCAUCAACACUGAAGAUUCAUGCAUGCUCAAUGCUCAAAGCAUGCAUGGUUCAUGCAUAAACAUAUGUACACUGAAUUCACUGACUAACAGGUCCAUCACAUUUUAUCCUGGUUAGGUAUUAUUUGCCAACUUUUUUGUUAGAUUACUGUAAUUUAAAGAUAUUUAUGAUAUUAAUAAUUUCUUAUAGAUAAAACAAUAAUUAUUAUAGUCUGUACUAAACACACUGUUGUACAUGUAACAUAAUAUUGUAUAGAAUACCUCAGUAUUACUUGCUAUGUUGCGUUAUAAGUUCCAUAAUUUAUUUACUAUUAUUAUGACAAAGUCAUUUUUUUUAUUUUUUUGGUAUAUAAUACCGUGACCUACUGCUGUCUAGAUGUACAAAUUCUGUGUAAAAUUGUUCACAACGAGUAUUAUUUAUUGUGUUUUGUUCAUAUUACGUACAGUCGUAAGAAUAACUGAGCGUAGAAAGGAAGCUUGUUUUUACGUCGCACCACAAAAUAUUAAAUACGCAAUUAGUCAAUUUUGUUUCAUAUUUCACCUGGGCCAAAUGAAAAUUGUCCAUUUUUGAAGUUAACUAAAAUAAAAAGUAGGUUAUUGUACAAUGUAGGUACUUGAGGCUAAAUUGACUCCCGGAAUAAUCCGAUUCAUACUUUAUGACGUCUCGGAACAUCGUGGGUAAAGAUGCACAAUGCAAAAUUUUAGGUAUCAGCGGUAAAGUAGGACAUAGUCAGCCCAGAUAUGCGACUUGCGCAUAUUCAUUUCUACACAUAGUUAUUCUCGUAAAUAUUAGUCUUAAUACGUUAAAUCAUGACAAAUAUUUAUUUUUCUAUGUAAUGCCUGACCAGAAAAGUUGCUAAAUUACGCUAUAUUUAUUGUUUGAAAUUAACAGAACUUGCAUUUAAGACAACUUAAAUGUUGUUAAGUUCGCGUUUCAAUAUUUCCCGUUUUUGAAUGAAUCGUAUAAACCGCUCUUUAAACCUUUGGCCUAUGAGGCACACAAUGACAUAAUAUAUCUCGACGAGAAAAAAAUAGUUGGCCAAAUAGCGGCUGAAUCGAAAAUAUCACUCUCUCUUACAUUGCUAUGGCAUGUAAGAGAGAGAGAGCGUGAUGUUUUCGAUUCCGCUGCUACUGGAUUGGUUAGUCAGUACGCAGUAACUAAAAUCCCAAAUCUAAAUAGACAGGCAUAGAAAGCAUAUUUCGUAGCGUAGAAAAUCUGAUUUUUAUUAUUAUAGUCCUUGUCCCUUCGACAUGUAGAAGGUCAAAGUUUAUUAAUGCAAUGAGACUUAAGAGCAAAUAUGAAGCUACUAAAUUAGUUUUUUUUUUACUUUUCUGGUAAGGUUGCAACUUCGUUGAUGACACAUGGGUAACCCGAGUUUAGGCAAAUUUAUGACAUCUUGUUUACAUUUGAUGCACUGGUGCAUUGUGUAUAUACAUUUGAUAUUUUAAAUAACAUAGUUAUUUUAAGUUUUAUUUAUCAUUUACCAUGUAUUUAUUUAGCAAAAAAUAAUAAUAACAAUUGAAUAUGUUUUUGUGGUACUAACUAACAGGUGCAUAACAACUUUGUUCAAGACAUAUCAAUGUGCAAAAAAAAUAUCAAUAAGCUUGCGUCCCUUUAUUGAGCAAUAAUAAUUAGUUUAAAUUAAAUAAAUAUGGGACUGCAUGUAAUCAAUCGGCAUUAUUUAUUACCGUGUGGUAACAUUUAUUUGUUACAUGCCGAAAUAUUUUAACUAAAAUGUAUUUUAAACACAAGCUUUUAUGAUGCUCUAACCUGUAGCAGCAGAAUGCCAAAAUAUGAGUCUAUGAGAGAGAGUAUAAGAGUCAAACACCACCUUAUCUUGUUUAGUUUAAGAGUUUAAAUGGUCACUUUCCGACACCUUAAGGUCGUAGCUCAUUAGACCCAUUCGGGACCCGACCCGCUCCGCCUCGUCACUAGGCGUCCACUCGUCGUCGCCGCGUUGUCUACCAGUGAACCUCGCGUGGUCAACGAAUUUCCGAGAGUCGACUGGUGGACCAACUCGCGGUUCACGCGAGGCAAGUAUGUCAAAAGCGAGCUAUCAUCGUGUGGUCCACUCGCAGUCUGCGCGUGGACACCUCGCUAUCGAGGCGAUCCGGUGAUGGUACGGAGUUGAUGUAGUGAGCGCAUGCCCAUACAAAAUACUAACUAUUCGAGGCGAGGCGAGGCGGUGCGGGUCGGGUCCCGGGUGGGUCUAAUGAGCUACGACUUUUAAUCAUAACUCCAUGGUAAUUGCAAUGCCAGUUACAGAAUAACCGCAAUAAUUCAAAAGGUUCAGUAGGCUCAGGAAGAUUUAAAGACAGUUCUCGUGUCAAGAGUAAGACAUGUUAUCGACCACUAGCGGAAUCGAAAACAUCGCUCCACUUUCGUCCGAUCGCAACGAAUGUGAGACAUUUUUGAUUUCGCUAUCGCCGUUAUUGGUCGAUAAUUUGUCUCCUCGUCACGACAUAUUUAGUGGCGCACAUCUUAGGACUAGAGAAAGUGGUUCUAAUGUUCUGAUUUAACUCCGAAGAUUUGACUCUCAUUAUACAAGCUUGUAACAAUUCGAAUAAAAUGACCAAUAAAUUACUAAAAAACAGCUGGUAAAGUUUAAAAAAGUGAAUGAAAAUAAUUUAAUUUUUUUAUUCUUCCCCAAUCCAGGUUUUUAUAUAUUUCUGGACAAUUAUAAUUUUAAAAUUGAUAAUUUGAUUCACCAAAGGAUGCUUUAUAUACCUAUUAAGAUUUUAUAUUACAAAAAGAGUUACAUACUAAUUUUAUUCUCAGCGAAGUUAUACGACAAAUUGUAGUGUCUUCUAGUAAUAAAAUUAUUUUGCUUAAAUGAACAUACAUUUUUAACAGAUAUUAUAUAUGUAUAUGAAAACAGUAAACAGUCCAUACGAUCAGUUAUGUAACACUUAAGUAUUUAAUAUUAAUUGCAGCUUAUUGUAAAAGUAAUUGUUAGUCUUUUUGACGAAUAAUAUUCCAAAAAAAAAAGUUUAAAAUUUAUUUUUGAAAUUUUACAAUAUCGAUCUAAGCUAAAUUUAUUCUACACCGUUUUAACUCCAUGAUAUUAUUAUUCUUUAUUGUAAUCCAAAGACUUCUAUGUAUAGUACUAUAUAGACUAUUUUUCCGGCUUUUCUAGGAGAAAUUGUCGGAUAAAAUGCGUGUAGUUCUCAGUAACUGCAAGUGAGCCAUAUGACCAGUGUUUCUUGGUAUAGUCGGAUGCAAACUUUAUGAUGUUUCGGAAAAAAGCUGUGGGUGCCGCGACGCUCAGUUCGUAUAUAGAGUCCUUUUCAUGAAAGAAGUCCGCCGCUAGAACCUGAACUAACAUUGACAACGCCUUAAAUGACAAUGAGCUCCAUGAAGACAUUAGCGCUGCGUCUAGGGGAAUUCUUUCAUGAAAAGGAGUAUACAAUACAAUCAAGACGCAUAAGUCGACGGCGGUAGGGUGGGAGGCGCGCUCGAUGCGAGGCUCUGCCGCCACGCCGUUACGUUACCGCGUGUACCUAAAAUCUUGCAUUGCGUAACCUAACGCACGAUAUUCCGAAACGUCAUAAAGUUUGCAUCGUACUGUAAACAUUGUUGUUACAAAGUUACCCGUUUUUACCAUUUUGAGGCUCUUUCAGAAAAUAAUAUAGGACCUUGUGAAAGAAGAUAAAUUGGUAGUCCGGGAUCCGUAAAUUUUUUUUACAACUGAUUACUAACAAGUUAGUUGUUUAUCUCGAUGAGAUGAUCAACUUUUUUAUUUACGAAAAUUCUUGAUUCUGGUAGCUAACUGAGUUACCAGGAUAGUCAGUUGUACAAAAAGUGUUCUACGGAUCCCUGGCUAUGGUAGGAAACUUGUCUUGUCUAGUUGUAUAUACAUAGAAGUGUUUGUCGAUAUAGAAAUAUUCUGACUCUAUUAUGUAUAUUACGUAGACAAAUUUAUUAGAUUUGGCACCACUGUAAGAGUACAUGUGUUGGUAAUGUUAUGGAGUGUUUAAAAAUCUUUAGGAAAAUUAUAAAAUGACAUUUAAAACAACCAA